AUGUUUAAGUCUCACUAUCACUUCCUUCCAUCUUCUUCAAUGAUUGAAGGGUUUGAAACUAAGUUUGAGUUACGUUUUCUCAACCAAAUUGCGUCCACCAUUUUUACCAACAAUGACAUAGAAGCGGAGAACGGCGAUGCAUUACAAGUUGCACUCAUUGAUGUCAAUAACUCCAAUGCCAUUGUCUCGAUAGGUCCUUUGUCGACGGCGCAAAUUGAGGUCGUCGUCCUCGACGGAGACCUGACCAAGUUCAUCAACCAGAGAAUUUUGUUUCAGAGGGAUGGAAAAAGACCACUAAUUGUGGGUAAUGAUUUGAAACUUCAUCUCAGAAAUGGAGUUGGGUUCAUCAAGAGUUUGAGCUUCACUGACAACUCGAGCUGGUUGAGAUCUAAGCAAUUUCGAUUAGGAGUAAGAAUUAAAGAUGAUAAAAUCCUAGAGAAUUACCCAAGAAUUGGAGAAGCUAUAUCUCAACCCUUUAGAGUAUUGGAUCAUCGAGGGGAAGGCAUUGAAACUGUUGACGAUUUCUUGAAAAUUUAUAAUGACAAAGGUCCUCCCUACUUGAAAAAGUUGUUAGGCAAGAAAGUCCCAAACAAGACAUGGAAAGCGAUGAUCAAUAAUGCUUUGGAAUGUGUCCCUCUUGUCAACUUUGAUCCAAGUUUUGAGAUUCAAAAUUUUGUUGGAAGUGAUGAACCAUUUGAAGGAAACAUAGAAGGCAUUCAACAAAGGAAUUUAAAUGAUCACCAUAAGUUUUCAGAAACAACACUCUUAGGCUUUGGUCAAGAAUGGGAGUGGCCAAUGCUUCACUUUGAAGAUCAAUCAUUGUUUCUACUUGAAGAAUUAGCUUCAACUUCAUCUAUUGACAACGAACUAUGA